AUGAAAGAUUGUGACUCCAUAAAUAUUGUUUUUUUGAGUGUUUUUGCAAGGAGUUCGAAAUUUGUGUCGUAUCUCCAUCGAAUGAUAAUUCCUCUGCAUGUGAGUGACAAGCACCAGCCGGGUGAUGAUCUACUAUCCACAUGUGAAAUGGCGAAUGGAUGUGAAGCAAUAUUAAAGGAGGACGGCAGCAUCCAUUGUAAAGACAGGAGAAUUUGUGACAUUCCUUUUGAAUUCCCUCGCUACUGUUACGACUUAAACAUGAAGGAGUAUCGUUACGUCUAUGGCGCCUGCCUAGGUCACGAGACGGAAGCGAAACGAGGUGUUGUGAAAGUUGAUAUGAAGGAGGAAAACUAUAAGGCUUGGCACAAGGACGCAGCCGAUCAAAUCUGCGCUGAGCCUAUACUGGUGAACGGACCUGGAUAUGAAAAAGAGGAUGAAGGAGUGUUGCUGGUUCCUGUCGUCACAAUAAACGAAAAGGAUACACCCUAUGUUGUUGUGUUGAAUGCGGAAACUAUGGAAGAACAGGGUCGUUUCCUCAUUCCUCAAUCACGAAUUCCUCUUGGAUUCCAUGCUCAUUAUGUACCACGAUCAGAUUUGUAA